CACUUCACAAGUAAGAACUGUGGUGGCUAUAGCCGGUGGUGUGUGUCUGUCUGUAUGCUGCACGUGGUCCCCGCUGUAUUUUUUCCCAUCUGAGCAGAAUACAAAAUGCAACUCCCCCAUUGCAGGCACACAAAAUACAAAUGUCAUUGAUGUUUUUCUUCAGGUUGGACAUCAGACUAUUGAGGCUUUGGUUUAACACUUUUUGUUAGAUUAGGUGGAGACGGAGUCCUGGAUAGAUUUAUAUGGGAUAGCCUGUAGAGAAUUCCUACUGAAAGGGAAGGAUCGCUGACGGAUUGUUAAACCCUCGGUCCACUUAUGUUUCCGACGGGAUCUAGUCUACUCGCUGCAGAACGCGCUUUCACGUCGGAAGGAGAGUGCAGCCUACCAUCCCAUGCCUUCCCCAACCCAAGGCCCCUAUGAGAGAGGCCUUUAAAGAGGAGGGGAUUUGACCAAACAAUCCAGCUCUGUAAGUCGGGAUGGAGGGUGGACAGGGAGCAGGGUCGUGCUCCAGCCAGGCUGAGGAGGCUGAGUACCCCGCCCAGGGGACAACUUCUUCAGCCAGGGGAGGAGGGGAUGCAGGGCUGGGCUCUUGCAAGCACAAUGGACUGAUCAAUACCCACAGCUUGAUGGUGGAGACUAAGGAAGGGCUGGUGUCAGUGUACUCGGGGUCACAAUACCAGGGUCAUAUGGUGGUCAACCUAUCCCCCCAGCAGGAGCAGAAUGGCCAGGGAGUGGGUGGAGGAGGGGGACACCCACAGCUGCUCAACCCUAGCGCUCUGCCCCAGGGCAUGGGCACAUGCUUCAGGCCCGACCUGAUCCUGUACUCUGAGAACGCACUGCGGGCCUGGGGGGAUGGAGGAGUCGGGGAUUGCUGUGAGACCACCUUCAUAGAGGACUUGGCAUCCGGUUCCUCGGCCGCCUCCAAGGAUACGCUGAUGUUUGCCGAUGGCAAGUUCCUGGACAUGUCUGUGGAGGAUGCAAAGAUCCAGACCCUGUCCUAUGAUGAUGAUGAGUUCCAGGACCUGGAGAGCGAGUACUCGAGCGACUCAGAGAGUGAAGACAACUUUCUCAUGAUGCCACCGAGGGACCACUUGGGCCUGAGCGUCUUUUCCAUGCUGUGUUGCUUCUGGCCCUUGGGGAUCGCUGCCUUCUACCUGUCCCAUGAGACGAACAAGGCGGUGUCUAAGGGGGACUUACACUUGGCCAGCUCCAGCUCCAGACGUGCCCUCUUCCUGGCUGUGCUGUCAAUCACCAUCGGCACAGGCAUAUAUGUGGGCGUGGCUGUAGCGCUCAUCGCAUACCUCUCCAAGAACCACCACUUGUAGCCUUGCCCUGCCCCCACUGCACUGUACUGACUGCGCUGGGGGUAUGGUUCACUUGGGGGCAAUUAAACAAUGGAAUAUGGACCUGCAAACUAUGGGACUAUCAGGAUGGACAGAACCUGGCCAUAUGGUUGACACAAUUCGUGAGCUCUAACAUGAGGUUCUUGAUAUGGAUAAUGGUAUUUUAACGGUCAAGUUAUUCUCGCAUUUUCACCAAGAAAAAACGGAGACUGUUUGUCGUUCCAUACACAACUGAUUUUAUUUUUUAGAUGUUUAAAAUUGGUUUGAGUUUUACCAAGGCAUAACACAGCCUGUGAGAGGUCAAACCAACAUGCACUAAAUAUUACCUGUACCAAGAGCAUAUUGUACGUUUACAGGGCAUGUUCAAUGCUCCGUUAACGGUGAGUUAUGGAUGUCCAGCUACAUUUACCACACUAACAGUCACAUUUGGCAGCUCCUGUCAUGGAUAAAAGAUGUCACUCAUCCAAACAUUCAACCUGUAUACAUUUAUUCUACGUCACAUUGAAUUGAUCUGUGGAUGUCACAUAGUGCAGCUCAACUGGAUCAUUUCUCGGUUGAAUAUUACAAAUUCUAUAAAGUAAUGUGAUGGUUUAUAUACAGUGCCUACAGAAAGUAUUCACACCACUUGAUUACAGCCUGAAUUUGCAUUAAAUUGAGGUUUUCAUUGUCACUGGACUACACACAAUAACCCAUAAUGUCAAAGUGGAAUUAUGUUUGUAGACAUUUUUACAAAUUCAUUAAAAAAAUUACAAGCUGAAAUAUCUUCAGUCAAUAAGCAUUCUACCCCUUUUGUUAUGGCAAGCCUAAAUAAGUUGAGUAAAAAUUAUGCUCCCAUAAUAAGUUUCAUGGACUCUGUGUUCAAUAAUAGUGUUUAGCAUGAUUUUUGAAUGACUACAUCAUCUCUGUACACCACACGUAAAAUUAUCUGGGGGGGCAGACAUUGAAUAUCCCUUUGAGCAUGCUGAAGUUACUAAUUACACUCUGGAUGGUGUGUCAAUACACCCAGUCACUACAAAGAUACAGGCCUCCUUCCUAACUCAGUUGACAGAGAGGAAGAAAACCUCUCAGGGAUUUCACCAUGAGGCCAAUGGUGACUUCAAAACAGUUAUAAUGGCUGUGAUAGGAGACAACUGAGGAUGGAUCAACAACAUUAUAGUUACUCCACAAUACUAACCUGAGUGGUAUUCAGGCCGUGUAGCAACGAAAUGUGGAAUAAGCCGAGGGGCAUAAAUACUUUCUGAAGGCACUGUACAUUAAAGUGCCACCACACUCCAAUACAGUAUCCUGGUGGCGCUAUUAUCUCAAGGAAGAACUGAUGUUUCCUCGCAGCACAAUAUUUUUUAACACAUGUUUCACACCUGAAAUGUGAAGCUUUUGUUGUAGCCCUACGACGACAUGCUUUUAUGUUCCGUCAGGUAUAGGAAGAGCACAGUCUGCAGCUCCCCAACAGAACCAGCAUACACAGAGAUAUAGUACCUCAAUGUUGAUAGGCACAAAUAAGGGGGGGGGGGGGGAAAGCAGACGGGUCCUUGGAGGCAUAAGCCAUGCUGUAAAUACCUCUAUGCUUUUUGUUUAUAAACAUACUGGAAUAGAUGUGAUACAUCAUUUUUUUUUUUUCAAUAUUUUUUUUUUCUUCUCCUGCUGUAUACUGCUACUAUGUCAACUGUCUAUGUUUUGGAGACUCAUUGGGAGAGUCAGUGUUUGACAUAAAAGUGCUUGCAAAUUAAAUGUAGUGUUAUGUCUGA